AUGCCAGUGCACUAAGUGAGCUGAGCGUAGCAGCUUUCCCCCCACCCAUCUUCACUGGCUCCCACUGCAGCCAAGCGCUAGAUAUCCUCAGCUGAAGAGGAGGAGAGUCAGGCAGUGGAGGGUUUAAAGUUUGGCAGUGGGAGGGAUGAGCAGAGCAUGUCGACAAUGUGUGGAGUGAAUUUUCAGCGCAGCCCCAGGGAACACAGGAGAGGUGUGAAAAGAAGGCUGGUCGCGUUGAUGUAGACUCUUGAAAUUUCCUCAGACAGGUCACAAAAGAAGUAUCCAGUUUGUGUGUGCUCGCCUGUGUGUGGGCGGCUGGCUGUGAAUGUAAUUGACCAUGGUAAUGGCCAUUACAUGGGACAGCAAAGGACAGCAAUGAGAGAAACCUUGCAUCUGUGGAGGGACUUUAUGGAGCUCCAGUUCGAACGGCUGACUCGGGAGCUGGAAGUGGAGAGGCAGAUUGUGGCCAAUCAGCUGGAAAGAUGCAGACUUGAAGCGGAGUCACCAGGCACCGGUAGCAGCAGUUCAUCUGAGAAGUCCCUGCCAUGGAAAACAGCAGAUGUCUCCACCUCAGGGGACAACAAGUCUCGAGUGACUGACAGCUCCCAGUCGCCCAGCUACCGAAUUAGGACUGAGUCAGAGCAGGUGUCUCUGUACUCCCCAGAGCAGUCUUCCCUUCAUGAAAGUGAGGGUCUGUUGUUGCCUUCUCUCUAUCCUCCGCAGUCCUCUUUUCUCUGCAUUGAUGGAUCCGCAGGGAAUUCGAGCGGCUCGGCUCAGAUGAACUCGUACUCCGAUAGCGGCUAUCAGGAUGCCAGUAGUGGCUAUCUCAGCAGCCAGAGCCAGGGCAAGGCUGAGCUGAGGGUGCAGCACUCCUUCCCCGGUGCUGGCACAGGUACCCUGGUGAGGAAGGCUGAAGGCCAGGCGUCAGCACAGGUUCAAGCUGUGACGACAGCAGUACCUGGCCGUGCUAUGCGAAGGGUUAGCUCAGUGCCUUCUCGCUCCCACUCGCCAGCUUACGCCACCAGUAUGUCCCCGUCCCGCGGAUCCCUGCGCAACACCGUCAGCAGUGCCUACGGCUCUCCGAUUGUCACCGAACCCAAGCCCCUCGCCAGCAUCUACUCCACGACGCUGCCCUCUCCCCAGCGCACCGGCAGCACCGCUGGCAGCUGCUCGCCCUACUCCACCCAGAAAAACUCCCCGGCAGGACUGCGACGCAUGAGCUCCACAAACUCUCGAUCCAGCCGCACCACGUCGCCCUAUCAUACCUCGGCAGGGUCGGCGACAGGCCGCAUGAACUCGCCAUUGACGAUGGCGGACAACAGCAACCCUCCGCUGACGAAGCAGCCCGGCCACUCAUCGUCUCCAGUCAGGGCUACCAUGACCGCUGUGCCCCAGCAAUACAGCUGCACUCUGCCUCGCUCUGUGCCCCACAACGCUGACCCCUACGGACCUCAGAACUACGACAUUUAUGAGAGAAUGACGCGACCUGACAGCCUAACAGAUGCCCUUGUUGAUGGUGACAUUCAAGGAAUGCGAAGUUCAUAUGCCAGUCAACACAGCCAGCUUGGCCAGGAUGUAAGGACAACAAUAUCUCCAGAUCGGCACAUUGCACCAAUCUACGAGGAUCGGACGUUUCAGGGGCCGUUAUACCGCAGCCCCGGCCACACCCAGCAGGGCGCCCUCUACAGAAGCAGCUCAGGUGUGGGAAGUCUGAAGCGAACGUCCAGCCAGCGAAAUGCCAUGACUUACCAAAGAAACAGCUAUGGUCUCAACUCUGCUGCCACUUACGCUGACGGGUACCGCUCGGCCACGUACAGGCCCCCUGAUCCAACCUACGCCCGCCAGCCUCUCAUGGUGGAUGACGGCGCGCCUCGUUCCCCGUCCAUCGACAGCAUUCAGAAGGACCCCAGAGAGUUUGCAUGGCGUGACCCAGAGCUGGCGGAGGUGAUCCAAAUGCUGCAGCACCACUUUCCGUCAGUGCAGGCCAACGCAGCUGCUUACCUGCAGCACCUGUGCUUUGGUGAUAACCGAGUCAAGACGGAGGUGGGUCGGCUGGGAGGAAUCAAACACCUGGUGGACCUGCUGGACCAUAAGGCCGUCGAGGUGCAGAGGAACUCUUGUGGCGCCCUGAGAAACCUCGUCUAUGGCAAAGCGAUGGACGAUAACAAGAUUGCUGUGAGGAACGCCGGAGGUAUUCCAGCGUUGCUCCGACUCCUGAGGAAGUCUGCGGAUUCGGAAGUGCGAGAACUCGUCACAGGUGUGCUGUGGAACCUCUCAUCGUGUGACGCCGUCAAGAUGACAAUCAUCCGAGACGCCUUAGUUACUCUGACCAACACUGUGAUCAUCCCUCACUCCGGAUGGAGCAGCUCCACCUUCGACAGUGAGCACAAGUUGAAGUUCCACUCCUCCUUGGUGCUGAGGAAUACCACGGGCUGCCUGAGGAACCUGAGUUCGGCUGGAGAGGAAGCCAGAAAACAGAUGCGCACUUGUGAGGGUUUGGUUGACUCACUGCUCUACGUAAUCAAAGCCUGUGUAAACACCUCUGACUUCGACAGCAAGAUUGUGGAGAACUGCAUUUGCACUCUAAGGAACCUCUCCUAUCGUCUGGAGCUGGAGAUGAUGCCGUCUCGGCAGAUGGGUGGGGAGGAGGUGGACGGCUUACUGGGCAGAGAGUCGCCCAGCAAAGAGGUGGACUCCAGCUGCUGGGGCAGAAAGAAGAAGAAGAAGAAAAACAGCAUGCAGGAGGAUUCCUGGGACGGUGUGGGGCCCAUCCCCGGGUUCUCCAAGUCUCCUAAAGGGGCUGAGAUGUUGUGGCACCCGUCAGUGGUUAAACCCUACUUGACCCUGCUGGCUGAAAGCUCCAAUCCGGCCACUUUGGAGGGUUCUGCCGGGUCUCUACAGAACCUGUCAGCUGGGAACUGGAAGUUUGCAGCGUACAUCCGUGCAGCGGUGCGCAAAGAGAAGGGACUGCCCAUCCUGGUGGAGCUGCUGCGGAUGGACAACGACCGGGUGGUGUGCUCAGUGGCCACCGCUCUGAGAAACAUGGCACUGGACGUCAGGAACAAGGAGCUUAUAGGGAAGUAUGCCAUGAGGGACCUGGUGAACCGUCUCCCCGGGGGGAACACCACCCUGCUGUCGGACGAGACCGUAGCAGCCAUCUGUUGCACCCUGCACGAGGUCACCAGCAAAAACAUGGAAAACGCUAAGGCUUUGGCCGACACGGGCGGCAUCGAGAAGCUGGUCAACAUCACCAAGAGCAGAGACAGGUGCUCUAUGAAGGUGGUGAAAGCAGCAGCUCAGGUGCUGAACACACUGUGGCAGUACAGGGAUCUACGUGCCAUCUACAAAAAAGACGGAUGGAACCAAAACCAUUUCCUCACCCCGGUGUCUACACUUGAACGGGAGAGGUUCAAAUCCCAGCCCACGCUCCUGACCAAUUCCAUUCAGAUGUCUCCAGUCAGUCACCCGGCUGCCAGUGCCACAUCAUCUCCUGCAACUCUGGGUAUGAAAGAGCGCAGGGACAGCAUGAGGGAUUAUCAGAGCUCCCACUCAACUAUGCAGUUUUAUAACUACAGAGAAGUCAGCAGUAAUCACAAAAAACAGUACACAGGUUCUGGAAAACCCUCUCCGUAUUACUACUCCACACCCACGAGGGAGGAGCCCAGAAGAACACAGCCGGUGUAUUACACAGAAGAUCCCUGCCAGAGGAGCUACGAUCCAUACAGAAUGUACCUGCAGCAUCCUCACAGCUACGACGACACAUAUUUGGAGGAGGUCAUCACGUACCCCCCCACAGUGGACUACAGCUUUCAGCCUCAUGGAGUCAAACCCGCCCCCAACUAUGUGGACUAUUACGCCAGCACGCAGAGGCCUUCUUACAGGGCGGAGCAGUACCCAGGCUCUCCUGACUCCUGGGUCUAAGCAUUCAACUUCAAAGGGGAACAUCUUCCUCCUGCAGCUAAAAGUGUCGGGGGGGGGGGCACAGGAAACGACAGCAUUUUUCAUGGACUUGUUUUUUAUACGUGUUUUUGUGCUCAAGUGAGUGUGUGCGUGUGGACAGGAGUUCAGCAGAUAGAGAGAUGGAAUGUGUGCCGAGGAAGGAAACCAGAGAACGUUUGGAAAGCUUUUAUUUUGUAGCAGAGGGAGAUGGGAAUCGUGCCGAGGGUCUGUUGAAGGGACACUAAAGCGAGGAGCGGCGCGUCCUGAUGUCUGUAGCUAUUAGCUUUAGUGCGAUAGCAUGCUUGAAAGGUGUGAGUCGUGGAAUCAAGGGUACGCGAUGGGAGUCAAAAAUAAAGAGAAUGGUGUAUGUGGAGAAGAUGAACUGGAUCAUGAACUCAUCUGUAAAUCCUGCAAGAGUAGUUACAUGUUAGAUUGUACAGAAAGAUCAAAUUGUAUCUGUACUUAAUGUUGAAUCAGUGUCAUGCCGUUCAAUCUUGUACAUUUCUUCCAUUUGACUGUAAAUACCAGAAAAAAAGAGACCUGUUACUCGGUUUACACAUCAGCACUGGUAAGAAAAAAACAGCUUGUGCCAUUUUAGAUGUCUAUGAAGAUAUAUAAAUAUACAAAGUAUGUGGACAAAGUUGAAAUUGCAACAAUAUUGGAAAAAAUAAAAAGGUCAGUCGUGUUUUUUAAAGGAA